GCCAGUCCUCUCAUAUUCACACUAGUACUACUGUGCAGCUUCACAUAAACAGAACAAAAUGCUCAGCUGGCCCGACGGCAGCCGAGAGCUGUAACUUCGUGACAGUCUCGGACCUUCUUCACUAGCAUGCUCAUCUUCACUUUAUGAACGUUUAGGAACCGCCACAGCCAAACAAUGAGAGACAUCCUUAAGAGGAAGUUUGCAGAAGUGGAGGAAAAUCCCUGCUACUCCCCUCCCUCCACCUUCUGCUCCGCCUCUUCUUCUUCUUCUUCUUCUGCUUCUCCAUCUUCCCUCUCCUCUCCUGCCUCCUCUGAGUGGGAGUCGGACGGGGAGGGAAGCUCCUCCGAGAACCAAGACUUCACACCUCACAGUCCUGUGUCAGCCUCCGGAUCGCCCAUUUGGCCCAUCCUGAAGAAGCCGAAGCUCUCAAAAAGGCCAAACAGCGUGCGCUUCGACCAGGUGACGGUGUUCAGCUUCCCCCGCUGCCAGGGCUUCACCAGCGUGCCCAGCAGAGGAGGUGCCACCCUGGGCAUGGUGCGCAAACACAGCGCCCUCCGAAGGUACACCGUGGACGAGCAUGCAGUGGAGCAGCGCAGCAGGCGCAGAGAGAGGCACAGAGAGAAACUAAUUCAAGAGAGGUUUGAGGCACUAAAACACCAACUGAUCAUAAGUGGAGCUGUUGACCAAAACGAGGGGGAGAAGCUGACGACGGAUCAAGUUCUGGGUGGAGACCCUGACAUCCAUGUUAGUGAGUCUGAUUUGGAGGACGGAGGCUACCUUCAGCCGUUCUCUUCCAAACAGCGACAGGCCCUCCUCCUGGCAGCGGGGGCGAAGGUCAUCGACAAGGAGGAGAAGAGGCAGCUUCACGCUCUGCGGCUCUCCAGGGAGGCCUGUGGCUGCGACUGCCGGGGCUUCUGCGAGCCGGAGACCUGCGCCUGCAGUCAGGCAGGCAUCAAGUGCCAGGUGGACCGCUUCAACUUCCCCUGCGGAUGCACCAAGGACAGCUGCGGAAACGUGCAGGGGCGCAUCGAGUUCGACGCCCGGCGCGUUCAGACUCAUUACAUCCACACGCUCAUGAGGCUGGAGCUGCAGAGGCGACUGUGUCGUGAAACGCUGGUCUCGGGGGAGCAGGCGGGUUUGACCGAGGAGCUCAGAGACUGUUCAGGACACAACGAGGUCGGUGCAGAGCAGAGCACGCAGGAGAGCAGGUGUCCAUUCAGGUCCGGCCUGGAGGAGGACCUGCUUCCUUUCGCCAUGCCCGCCGCUCCUUCUUUCCGCUGCAUCCCGGACCAGCUGGUCGUUGAGGAGAACAGCUGCAGCAGCGACAUGUCCGAAUCCUCCCUCUCCUCCUCCGAAUGCGACGCAGGACAAUUCUUCAGCGGGACCCAGACUCUUCCGGACAGAGGCUCAGAUUUGACCCAUGACUCCGGCAAUAAGAACUUCUUCUCGUGCGCCCAAAACCGGCACAGAUGCAACUCUGCAACCUCAGACGACGACAGACCGCAUUCGCCCGUUGCGCUCGCGGACAACAUUGACGCCAGCAGGAACUAUCUCGACGAGAACGCCAAUCAAUCCAGAGACUUUUUCAACGAGGACUCUUUCGAGGACUUCCCUAACACCCCGUCUCCCACAGCGGGCUACUCCUUCAGCGGAUACAUGGACCUGAGCCUCUCCUCUGACUCCGACCUGGAGUUCUUCCACAGGGACUAUCCCUCCGGACCGCUGCACAGCUCCUUCAAAGAGCACAGACACUCCGACAGCUUUCAGCACUUCCAGCUGUUCAGCUCGGUGAAUUUACCACAGCAGGAGUCGAGCAUCCAGCUCCUAGAGUCUCUGAUUGGCUGAUUCAGACACUCAUCUUUCAUACCCAAUUUAAUGAAACACCCACACUAGUGCUUUUUUUAUAUAUGUGUAUAUAUAUAUAUAUAUAUAUAAUAAUUUCUAAAUACAAAGACCUAUUUUUCCUUAUGGAAUAUUAUUUUUGCCUGAAAGUUGUUAUUUUCAAGAGAAAUCAUACUCGAAUAAUUAGCUUCAUUUUUAUUAAUUCCUUGAAAUAAAAUUGUAAUGGGAUGUAUUUAAUUUUUACUAUGACCAACAAUAUCAUGCACAAAGCAUGCAUAUGAAAUGCAAUGCAGUAUCACAUGCAAUGAAGAGCUAGGUGUUGUAGCAUGAUAAUUAAAACAGCAACUCUAUGGAUGAGGAUAAGCCAUGCUCUGCUGGAUUUGGGAAUCAUUCUCACAUCACUCUGAUUAUUUCCCAGAACCCUGAGUACCUGUUUACUGGGCCGAUACGUAUUUGUUUAUUUAAUCACUGAUUAUUUCCAUGAGUAGUAACUCAUAAAAAGGUGACAUAAUUAUUAACUGGUGAAAAUGGCAGAGUUUUUUUCAGAAUAAUAAGUAGUAUUGUAAUGGCAGCAGUUCGAGUCGAGAAUCAGUAGUUUGCCUUUACUUAUGAGUGUAUGAAAGCAGUGGUGUGUCAGAUGGUCCUAUAGAAUAGACUCCAUAUUUAAAGCUUUAUCUAUUUAAUUUUGUUUUUACAGCAGACAUUUUUAUUCCACAGUACAGAAAGCACCUUCAUGUUUAGUAUGCGUGGGCCGGUUAGCGGUUAGCCCUUUCAGUGAGAUGCUUAUGAAAGUGCGAAGAGCGAAUUUUAGGCCUUGUACACACGUAGCCAGGUCUUUAUAAAAACAAAUAUCUCCACCACAUCCUUUAAAAAACAUAUCGUACACGUGGGAUCGAUUUCAGGACAGUUUUUAUCGACAUGAACCCGCUCGUACUCAGUUCUGAUCCAGAGCGUUGUUUUAAACACGCCAAACCCUUAAGUGUAGCGCAAAGUUAAAACAUGUCUCGGCUUACAACUGCGACUUCCUGUUAGGAAUUAAACAUGGCGCCAGGAGGUUCAGUAAUCGUGUUUGAACUACUUUUAAAUAGCCUAUUUAAUUAAAACACAAGACGAUGUCGGUGGGGAAUUACGUUUUGCGUUCCCUCUCAAUAUGCUUACUGCAAUACUUGCUGGUCUAUUUUGUAUACAGUCACAAAUGUCAAUUUAAAAUUUCAAAUCUAUACACAUUUAAAGAGCCACAGAGGAAAUGUGUUUAUUCUUACCUUUGGUGCAAAAUAUUGAUUGAAAAUUGAUUUAUUCACUGCAUGUUUAUUUCUAAUUGUGUAAAGGUUUCGCAUGAAAACGGCCCUUUAGACCAUUCAGACCACCAACACAAAAGAGACUCUGUCAAAUGACUUAUUACCCUGCAUUUCUGUAUAAACAAUUGCUUUUAGGGAUAUAAAACUGAGCUUUUGUGUAGAUGAAAGGCCAAAACGCAUGAAAAUGAAUUUAUUUUCCCAGAAAUCUGGCUACGUGUGGAGUACUCCUUUUUUUUUACCUGCUGGCUGAAUAAAGGGUUUCCAUACUUUUUCCACUACUUGCUCAAGAAUCCUCUUCUUGUUUUAAAGGAAAGUGCAUCACGUCACACAUCCGUUUUUCUUGUUUAAAUGCCGUGAUACUGGUGUUUUUUAAGUUAUUAUGCUGUGUGACUCUCAUGCUGGCCCAAGCCUAAUUGUUGCUUUAGUCCCUGCGAAGCAUUUCUGGUCCGUCUGUUUGAGCAACACCAAAAACAAAUGCAGCUGGUGUACUUUUUAUUUUUUUGCGAUAUGUAAAUAUGUCGGCUGCUAUAAGCUCUGUAAUUCCUCCCAUUUCAGGGUUCUGCUGCAGCCAACUUGCAGUCAGAUGUUCAUCUUCAUUUUACCAUUGACGCCAUGUUUACAGCAGUGUCUAAUAAAAUCUGCUUCAGCUCUGUAAUAGUGUCUGUAACCGUUCAGUGGAGUCAUGGAUUUUGUAUAUGACGCAUAAUGUUCAGAGAUCUUUAAAUAAUAUAUUUGAAAAAAAGAUAUUGUGCUAUUGUUAACUGAGCAAUGAUUCAUUAAAACAAAUGUUUCAUUUUUUU